AGGUUGUCCAAAUAAGUCUGAAGCACUCACAGACUACAUUGGACAACCUAACCGUUCUCCUGGCGGAGGAGGACGUCGACAUCACCUUUAUUCAGGAACUUUGAGUGCGGACCACCAGUGCGUGUGGUAAAGAGGUUUACUGAAAAAAACUACAAGCUGUGCUAUAAACAGGUUUAAGUUCACAAGGUGUGACAGUUGUUGGGGUGGAGGUCGCUGACGGCGUCAGCAACAUACUUCUAACCGGCCAGCACCACCCGAGGAGGCUCGCAGGCUUGUGCUCGAAAACAAAAACAAAAUCCUGUUACUCGAAUGCGACGCCAACGCGAGGCAUGGGGAAGCUUUGAAACGAAUGACCGAGUUGGAUUAUACGAGCCACAAAACUCUAAUAUUGGUUCAACAAUUUUAAACAGUAGUAAAAAACUCUGCCGGCCAAGUAUUAUCACAGGGAAAUUCCCAAUUCUAAAGUGGCUACCUAAAUAUCAGCCAACAUUUCUACUUCGAGAUGCUAUUGCCGGAUUUACAGUUGGCCUUACAACUAUCCCCCAAGCAAUUGCUUAUGGCACCGUCGCGGGCUUGCAACCCCAAUACGGUCUUUAUGCAGCCUUUAUGGGAUGUUUCACCUAUAUUAUAUUUGGUUCCUGCAAGGACAUAACCAUUGCCACCACAGCAAUCAUGGCAAUGAUGGUGCACGAUUACGCAGUUAUAACACCUGACUACGCCGUCUUAAUAUCCUUUCUAGCGGGUUGCAUUAUAUUGGUCCUGGGAAUCCUUAAUCUAGGCGUACUUGUGCGAUUUAUUUCCGUGCCUGUCAUCACGGGAUUCACAAUGGCUGCAGCAUGCACAAUUGGUAGUGCGCAAGUUAACAAUCUGUUCGGGAUGAAAAGUCCGUCAACAGAAUUUAUUGCGGCGUGGAAAUAUUUAUUUACACACAUAACAUCAAUUCGUUUGAAUGACUCUUUACUUGGCGUAUCCAGUCUUAUAUUUCUUCUAUUGUUAAAGCAAGUGAAAAAUAUACCCUUCGGCAAUAAGAUAAUUUGGAAAUAUAUUUCUCUAUCUCGCAACGCUAUGGUAGUAAUAUUUGGAACGUUUUUGUCAUAUCAGUUAAGUCGAGAUGGAUCGUCGCCAUUCGAAAUUACUAGUAACAUUACAGCAGGACUGCCACCGUUCCGACUACCACCGUUCAGCACAUAUGUCGAUGGAAAGGAGGUGUCUUUCAGUGAGAUGAUAAGCACAAUAGGAUCUUCGUUGGCAUCGAUACCAUUGGUAUCGAUCCUUGAAAUAGUGGCAAUAGCCAAAGCAUUUUCCAAAGGUAAAAUUGUUAACGCAUCACAGGAAAUGAUCGCUCUUGGCAUGUGUAACAUUAUGGGGAGUUUCGUUACAUCUAUGCCAGUAACAGGUUCAUUUACAAGAACAGCUGUUAACAAUGCUAGUGGAGUUAAAACGCCAUUAGGCGGUGCUGUAACGGGUUCGAUGGUAUUGAUAGCAUUGGCGUUUCUCACACAAACUUUCUACUAUAUUCCGAAAGCAACUUUGGCCUCGGUUAUUAUUGGAGCUAUGAUAUCUCUUGUUGAACUGAAGAAAUUGCGCGAUAUAUGGAAAUCAAAAAAAAUCGAUCUUUUUCCAUUUCUUUUAACGUUUUUGACUUGUCUAUUUUGGAGUCUUGAAUACGGGAUUAUUUGCGGUAUAAUAUUCAAUAUUACUUUUAUAUUGUAUAGAAGCGCAAGACCACAAAUAUAUUUAGAAAAGAAAAGGGUUAAUGAUUUUGAUGUAUGCUUUGUGGAUGUCAAGCAGACACUGGAUUUCGCGUCUGCUGAAUAUCUGAAAGAAAAAGUAGUGAAGUUUAUGAGCGAAUAUAGAUAUGAUAUUAGUCUCGUUAUUAUAAAAGGAGCAGAGAUUAAUUCAAUUGACUAUACAGUCGCUAUGAACAUAAUUUCGCUUAAAGAGGACCUUGAGGUGCUUAAAUGUGAUCUCGUAUGCUGGAAUUGGAAUAUUUGCGCAGCAGGAGUUAUUUGCAGAUUAAAUAGAGACUUGAGCUGCAUGUUUAAAAAUGAACAGAGUAUCGAGGAGGUGGUGAAUAACUAUUAUCUAGCUCUGCAAAGGAAAAAUGCAGACUCUAGUGGUACUCUAUCCACAAACGCUUCAUCAUAAAUAAUAUUAUAACUAACUAUAUCUUACAUAGUGCCGGCAUUAUAGUUGUACUUAGCUGUACUUACUUGUAAUUCCUCUUCAAUAUUUUUUUAUAUUUGCAAAUGAAAGCACCAAUAAAACGUUUUACUUAUGUUCAUAA